UCACAAAUCUCUUAACCAUACAUAUAAAUAUGCUAUUAAUGUAAUAACUCUACAACAAUGGCUAGUUCGUCAGCUCCAUUGUUAACCCAUCUCGAAGCUGAAGAUACUUCUUCAACUUUGACGUUUGAUACCAUCGUUGAACAAAGCUUAUCAGAUUUUGGGCUCCGGCAAAUUCUACAGAUAAUGUUUAUAGGGCUUGCCUUCACGUUCGACUCCAUGCAGAUAUUCAUCACCGUCUUCACAGACGCAUACCCUACAUGGCAUUGUCUCGACCACACGAUCUGCAAUUCGGACUCGACCAACAUGUGUGGACUACCUAGGUCAGCUUGGGAUUGGGACAACGAUUUCAAGGGCAAAUCCGUCAUUUCAGAGUUCGAUCUCGAGUGCUCGAGCUCUUUCCUCAGAGGUCUCCCCACCUCUGCUUUCUACAUGGGUUCUAUAGUUGGAGGGGUUUUACUCUCCACGAUCCCUGAUGGUUUCUUGGGACGCAAGCAGUUGCUUUUCUUAUCGACUUCAACAAUGUCCGUAACUGGAAUCUCAAUCUUCUUCUCUUCCAACAUAUGGAGCUACGUUUUCUUGAAGUUCUUGGUCGGCUUCGCGCGUUCUCAGACGUGUACGUACGCGUUAGUUUUGAUAUCCGAGAGAGUUUCCACAAGGUGGAGACCUAGAGCUACUAUGAUUCCUUUUACUCUCUUUGUGUUAGGGUUUAUGUCGCUCUCUGGAAUCGCUUACCUUGCUCGUCACGCUUCCUGGAGAGUUCUUUAUCUAUGCACAUCCGUCCCGGCGGCUGUUCACAGUAUUUUUCUCCUUUUCUUCGCCUUAGAGUCUCCUCGUUGGCUUCAUCUGCAAGGAAUGAACCAAGAAGCCAUUGAAGUACUCAAAAGAAUCUCACCUGAAACUAGGGCUUACUUGGAAUCAGUCUCUUCUAGGUUACUUCAACAACAAGAAACCCCAGAGCAGGCUCCAAGGUACACGAUCAAGGAUUUAUUCAUCAGAAACUGGGCUUUUCGACGAAUCAUGGUUGUUAUGAUCAUAAUGUUUGGGUUAGGUAUGUCUUACUAUGGAGUUCCAUUAGCCGUCAGAGACAUAAAACUCAGCAUCUACUUAAGCGAAUCCCUAAACGCAAUGGUUGAGUUACCUUCAUUUGUCAUAACACCGAUCUUGCUGGAGAGAUUCAACAGAAGAAGCUCUGUUCUUGUCAAUGCCUUAGUGGGAGGAGCAUCAGGAGUGCUAUGUUUCUUCCUAAGCCUCUUCGGAAGAACAAAGAUUGCUUUCGCUUUAGAACUUGUUUCCUUCCUCUGUGCGAGGAUUGGAUUCAACUUGAUGGCUGUUUACAUCGUUGAGCUGUUCCCGACAUGCGUGAGAAACUGCGCUAUGACGAUGCUGAGGCAGGCACUUGUUGUUGGAGGAGCUUGUUGUCCUAUCAUUGCUUCUGUAGGAAGACAUGUUCCAUCACUCUCUUUCGCGGUUUUCGGAUUUGCAAUGUCGGGUUUUGGGUUGUUUGUUUUGCUUCUUCCUGAGACCAAAGGGUCAAGUCUUUGUGAUACUAUGGAAGCACAAGAGCUGAGAGACCAAGCCUUGAAGAUUAGCCCUAGUUGCUGAAAUUUUAGUUCCAUAAAAAUUUCUUUUCACUAGGGCAUAUGAACAGGUGUCAAAAUUUUAGAGGCUAUAACAUUUAGUAAAAAAACUAAUAAUAAUAAUAAUAAUCUAACCUAUACUAAAAGGGUUAUAUGAGCAUCAGAGAAGCUGUCCACGUAGGACAAUUAAAUCAGCCAAUCAUUAUGUGACAUCUGUUCACUUUACCGCGUUUCAUUUAUUCUGUUUCCGUUUGGGCUACAUUCUUUGUUAUUGUUUUGGUUUAUAAAGCCCAAUCUUUAAAAAGCAGAGUAAGACGUAUGCCUGAAACGCAGAGUUUUUAAUUCUAUGGUUUCAUCUCAUUCUCUUCUCCGCCGUUGCAAUAUCAUACCCUAGGGUUUUGAUCGAGAUGCUUCAUCUUCUUCCUACGGAUCCAGCAAUCUACCUGUUACAGAUUCUUACUCUUAAAGCCCUUUUUAAAUCCAUCCUCCACGAUGAAGCUCAACGAUUUCUCACUCAAUACUCUCAUCUCUCUUACAAGCGGUGAAGCUCCUCCUACAAAAAGCUAGCCGCUGCACCUCCACCGCCCAGGUCCGUUUGCUUAGGUUCUGGGAAGAUAGGAAUGUUAAGCGCGACAGAGAGGGUCAACAUUCUCUUCAUGGACGCCAAGGCCACUCUCACCUAAGCCACCGUGAACGUCUACCGCUUAAACACAUUCAGACAUCUUUUCACUGUUGGUUAAGUGUACUCUGUUAGCGGCUUUGAGCUGUCCGGACUUCAAGCUGUCCGACUCUCCUGUGUCGAUCCGGUUCAAUAUUGAGACGGGUUUGAAAGACUUAACUGACCCAGGUUCACCAAUUCCUCAAGAACGUUUCAGGUUCUGCAAAGAUGAGUUGCUUGGUCUAGCAAACACCAACACCCAUCUUCCAGGUAACCCUAUUAUUUUUUUUUUGCAAAUAUGUCAUUGAUAAAUCGAUCCACACCGGAAUCUUGGAUGAGAAUCAAGGUAUUUUGUAAUUUAUAUGUAAAGGCUUAUAUAGUUUAUUUCUUAAUAAACAUCAUCCUCACAACUCCUAAUAACACCAGAAACUUCUUUUCUCAUAUAUCCUUCUAGAUAUGAGUUGAUUGAUAAAUUUGUGCAGGAGCAUGGGCUAACUGAAUAGUUCCUCCGUGCCUGUCCUUUUGGUAUAAUGCCUGAUGGAUCAGGCACCAAAUUUUUUAGGUGAAUCCUUAGACGUUAACGACAAUAACAAGUCGGUUUACUGGAGGAGAAGAAGGAGAUAGUGAGAACAAGAAUGAUAUGACAAAGGAGGUGAAGAGCAAAAACAAGCAAGACAAGCGAAGAAGUAGAAAACUAACGAAUGAGACAUAUUGCGGUCGCUAGGAAUAGGAAGCAAAUGAACGAGCAUCUUCGUAACCUCAAGUCUCUUUUGUCUGGAUCCUACGUUCAAUGGAGAGAUCAAGCGUCGAUCAUAGGUGGAAUAGAGUUUGUAAGAGAGCUUGAGCAACUUCUACAAUGCCUAGAGUCACAUGAGUCGUAUAGGAGGAGGAGGAGGGCUCCGGGAAGAAACAGCUGAGAACGAGUCGUGCUUGGCUGAUGUGGAGGUGAAGCUGCUAGAGUUUGAUGCCAUGAUCAAGAAACUUUCAAGAAGAAGACCAGGACAACUUAUUAAGACUAUUGCUUUUUUGGAGGAUCUUCAUCUCUCUAUUCUUCACACUUACAUGACUACCAUGGAGCAAACAGUCCUCUACUCCUUCAAUGUCAAGGCAAGUUUCACCUUUGUACAUUAUACUCUUAGGCAUUCAUAUAUAUAGUACAUCCUCAAAUAAAGUUUUUUACCCAUAUAUUUGGAUUGAUUUAAAUAAAAUAUGCAUAUAUUAGUAACCUACAAGGAAAAGUGGACGUUGAAGGUUUCCUCUCAGCACAAGCUGCCAUAGAUGCAAUUAAGGGCUCCAUGGAUCUUUACGCAGCUAACAUCAAAGCUGGCUUGCAGCGUUAAUGAACAUACCGGUCAAUCUGUUCCUCCAGGUUUGCGUUGAUGCCUUCUCCGGCUCGCUGGAGAACAAACUCACUGUGAGUGGAUCAGUCUCACCGUUGGAUAACAUCCUAUUUUUGAAUUUGAAUUUAAGCCACUUCGUUCAGUGUAUUUUUUCUGCAGAGCUAAUGUGUCUGAAAAUGAGAGGCGAACAGGUCUUUAUGAUUAUCAGGUAUGCUCUCUUUUGUACUUGAAACAACACCUCUAACAAACGACUGGUGAGUGUAUAUGGGAGUAUUUUGGAUGGGUUUUGUUAGAUAGACUGAAAGAUGUCUGUGCAGAGCCAUGAUCAAUAUUCUAAGGCAAGAAACAUGGACGGAUAAUAGAGAAGCGGGAAUAUCCGAAGGAUUCUUUUACAUGCGUUUGGAGAAAAUCUUUAGCUUAGUGGAUGUCUGACUGAUCAAACUUCAGAGUACGCACCAAGGGGCAAGCCUAUGGAACAUCCCAGAUUCAAUACAUAUCAUACUUGGUGAGACAAUAAGUUUAGAAGAUCACAAACAAGUAACUGUUUUUAGGUGUGAGAGAGCUUCUUGAGUAUGAAUGUUAUAAUAACAAAACGGGUUGUAUUGCAGCGAUACUAAUGUGGUUGCUCCAUUCAUAUAUUGAAAUGAAUUUUCAGAUU